UAUAGAUUCAUUGAUUGAAUAAUCAUCAUUAGUAUUCGUAUUUAUAUUUUGUAGUUUGUAUUGAAACGGUUUUGUUUUCUUUUUUCUUUUUUUUUGGUGAAAAAAAUUGAUAAAUUCAUCGGGUUUAGAUUUAUGGUUUUCUAUUGAAUUUCAAUUUUUUUUGAUGAUUUUUUUAUUCGUAUGAUGAGCUUUAAGCAACAAAAAGACGUCAAAAUGAGAAUUCGAUCUUUUCCGACAACAAUGGACGAAAGAUAUGUCAACACUAUCUGGAUACGAUUAAAGACGGCCAUUCAAGAGAUACAGAAAAAGAAUAAUAGUGGUCUUAGUUUUGAAGAAUUAUAUCGUAAUGCAUAUACAAUGGUUUUACAUAAAUAUGGUGAACGUCUUUAUACUGGUCUUCGUGAUGUAGUCAAAGAACAUUUAGUUAAUAAAGUUCGAAUGGAUGUAUUGAAUGCACUUCCUAAUAAUAAUUUUCUACAAGUUUUAAAUCAAUGCUGGAAUGAUCAUCAAAUAUCGAUGACCAUGAUACGUGAUAUACUUAUGUAUAUGGAUCGUGUCUAUGUAAAUCAGAACAAUGUUGACAAUGUAUAUAAUUUAGGUUUAAUAUUAUUUCGAGAUAAUGUUGUUCGACAUGGACCAAUUCGUGAUCAAAUAAGAGAAACAUUAUUAGAUUUAGUUAUGAAAGAACGUAAUGGUGAAUUAAUUGAUCGAUUAGCAGUGAAAAAUACCUGUAAUAUGUUAAUACAUUUGGGUCUUUCACAACGAACUGUUUAUGAAGAAGAUUUUGAAAAACAUUUUCUACAACAAUCAGCCGAAUUUUAUCGUGUUGAAAGUCAAAAAUUUUUGGCUGAAAAUAGUGCUUCUGUUUAUAUUCGUAAAGUUGAACAACGUAUCAAUGAAGAAGCUGAACGUGCACGUCAUUAUUUGGAUGCAUCAACCGAAAGUGUUAUCGUUAAAGUUGUUGAACAAGAAUUGAUUAGUCGUCAUAUGAAAAAUAUUGUCGAAAUGGAACAUUCAGGCGUGCUGCAUAUGUUAGAAAAUCAAAAGAUUGAUGAUCUAGCCCGGAUGUAUAAACUAUUUAGCCGUGUUGAAAAUGGUUUAACAACAAUAAUUACAGCUGUUAGUAAUCAUCUAAGGCAAGAAGGUAGAUCUUCAGUAUCGGAUGAUGGAAAUAAAGAAGAUCCUAUUGCAUUUGUAACUGCUUUACUCGAUUUAAAAGAUAAAUAUGAUAUAUUUUUAAAUUGUUCAUUUUUUAAUGAUAAAGAAUUUCUUAAAAUGAUUGGCAAAGAUUUUGAACAUUUUCUAAAUUUAAAUCAAAAAUCACCUGAAUAUCUUUCAUUAUUUAUUGAUGAUAAAUUAAAAAAAGGUGUAAAAGGAAUGGCCGAUCAAGAAAUUGAACAAAUACUUGAUAAAACAAUGGUACUAUUUCGUUAUAUACAAGAUAAAGAUAUAUUUGAACGUUAUUAUAAACAACAUUUGGCUAAACGUUUAUUAUUGAAUAAAAGUUCAUCGGAUGAUCUGGAAAAAAGUAUGAUUUCAAAAUUGAAAACCGAAUGUGGUUGUCAAUUUACAUCGAAAUUGGAAGGAAUGUUCAAAGAUAUAUCAUUAUCAAAUUCAUUAAAUGAUGAAUUUAAAAAUCAUGUUCUCAAUCAUAGACUCAAUUUACAAGGUGUUGAUCUUACUGUACGUGUUUUGACAACGGGUUUUUGGCCAACACAAUCAAAUUUUUCAAAAUGCAAUAUUCCGAUGAUUCCACGACAAGCUUUUGAACAUUUUAUCAAAUUUUAUUUGGAUAAACAUAAUGGAAGAAAAUUAACAUUACAACCACAACUUGGUUGGGUCGAUUUGAAUGCCGAAUUCUAUACAACAGCGAAAAAAUCCAACACUAAUAAUGAUACUACCAAUAAAGAUGAAAUAAAUUUGGACAACACUGUUUCAUCAUCAGCAUCGAAUGCCAAUAUUGUUAAUAAUGGAUCAUUAGCAUCAUCAUCGACGACACAAUUCAUAAUAAAACCAAGAAAACAUAUAUUAAAUGUAUCAACCUAUCAGAUGGCUGUUUUAAUGUUGUUCAAUAAUCGUCAAAAAUUAACCUAUGAGGAUAUUCGUAAUGAAACCGAUAUACCACCGAAAGAUUUGAUUCGUGCACUACAAUCAUUGGCCGUUGGUAAAUCAUCACAACGUGUUUUAUUAAAAAAUCCAAAGACGAAAGAAAUUGAGGCUAAUCAUGAAUUUGAAGUUAACGAUUCGUUUACAUCGAAAUUUUUCCGUGUGAAAAUUCAUUCAGUAUUGGCAAAAGGUGAAUCUGAGCCCGAACGACGAGAAACACGAUCGAAAAUUGAUGAAGAUCGUAAACAUGAAAUCGAGGCCGCUAUCGUACGAAUAAUGAAAUCUCGAAAAAAAUUAUGUUUUGCUAAUAUUGUGGCCGAAGUAACCGAACAAUUAAAAUCUCGAUUCAUUCCGGAUCCACAAUCGAUUAAAAAACGUAUCGAUGGACUAAUUGAUCGUGAAUAUUUGUCCAAAACACCUGAUGAUAAAAAAGUGUAUACAUAUGUGGCGUAAACAUGAUUAUUUUUUUUCAUAUUAAUAACUUUAGAACAUCUUUAUAUCAUUCUUUUACAAAUAAAAAA